CUGGCUGAUGAACAGCCUACUAUUAGCACAAAGUUUACAGCAUUUCCUAGCAUACUUGCACCAGGUAAAAUAAUUUUUGUUGAGUUGAAAAAAAAACCAAAAUCAAAUGAUAUGUUUUCUAAAUAUCAAAAUCAUAAAUAUGCAGAUAUCUAUUUAUUUGCUGCAAUUCCAUUUAAUAUUAGUUGCCAAUUUAACUUGUCCUCUUUUGACGGAAAUGGAAUAGCAUCUUUUAGUCUUCUAAUAACGAUUAAUGAAACCUUAAGUAAUAUACAAAUGAAUAUAUUUGAUUCAGAAUAUGAUCCGUGGAGUAAUAAUUUUAAUAGUGAAGCAACUCCUUUUGUCAAAUCACUUACCUCCACAAAUAGAUAUUAUUUAGUAAAUGGUCUUGUAUAUAUACUUGAGAUUGUCAUUUCAGAAAAAGAAUAA